AUGAGUCGUCAGAGAAGAGAGAUCCGCUAUUUCGCAACAAGCGAGAAUCAGAAACCUAGCUAUAUUGAACAGGCCAUUGUAUUUUCAAGCCUAUUGCUGGUUGUAUUAACAUUUCCGAUAUCAAUUUUCUUAUGUUUGAUUGUGAUGUCAGAAUAUCAAAGGGCAGUUAUAUUUAGAUGCGGUCGUCUAAGGUGCGUAUUGUAUUGUAUGCUGCAUAUUUAUGUACAUACAUACAUACUUAUAUAUCUAUGCCAUCGUUGUAGAUGUGGCGGAGCACGCGGCCCGGGUCUUGUAUUUCGAAUUCCAUGUAUCGAUUAUUGUGUGAGAGUUGAUUUGCGAACGAUAUCAUAUGAUGUACCAGCGCAGGAAAUUCUGACAAAAGAUCACGUGACCAUCAGCCUUGACGCUGCUGUUUAUUAUAGAAUUUUUGAUCCAUUGCUGGCGGUUAUACAAGUGGAAAAUGUUCAUUUCGCUACUAGAAUGCUGGCACAGGCGACACUACGUAAUAUAGCAGGCCAAAAGCAUGUUUUGGAACUGAUGUCCGAAAAAGAUGCGGUUUCGAUGGCUAUGGCAGCGAUCUUGAAAAGCGCUACAUCACCUUGGGGAGUGUAUGUGGAGCGUGUUGAGAUUAAGGAUGUACGCUUGCCAUUAAACUUGCAGCGAGCUAUGGCUGCUGAAGCUGAGGCAAUACGAGAGGCGAAAGCAAAAGUAGUUUCCGCUGAUGGUGAACUUAGCGCUUCCAAAGCUCUAAAAGCAGCUGCCGAUGUUAUAGCUUCGAAUCCAGUAGCGCUUCAGCUGCGUUAUUUGCAAACUUUAAGUCUUAUUUCCGGUGAUCAAAAUAAGAAUAUCAUAUUUCCGUUUCCUGUGAAUUUAAUAAAACAACUGGUGCUGGGCUCCCAGGCAAGCACGUCUAAGAAAACACUUACAAGGGAAUUGCCGGAAGAAGGGGAUUUGUGUACAGGUCGGUUAUUUAAUUUAUUGUUUAGCUUAACAAUUGAUUUAGAAAAAAAUUCUAACAGAAACAUGCUGUGGCAGGAAAAGCGAAUUGCGAAUAUUAUGCGAGUGAGGCAAUGA